AUGUCCUGGAAACUAGGUGCCAAAAAGCCCAAGGAUGGGAACGGCGUCAUCUCGCGAUCCGUUACCCCAAUCCCCUCAAGACCAACGACCCCCAAACCCCCCUAUGGGUCCGACCAGUUUCGUUCUGGGAUGCUCACCAUCCGCAUAUUCUCUGGUCGCGGUUUGUCGCUAGCUCCAGGUGUCCAGAUUCCUGAAGUGAUUCAACAUGCGCUCGAGACAACCCCCACCACCCGCAAGUCGACCAGUAACCGCGAAAGUAUGCAGCGCAAACGAUGUUGGUGGCUGCCAUACGUCGUUCUCGAGUUCGACAAGAACGAGAUUCUCAUUGAUGCUAUGGGAGGGGAUUUGUCGAACCCAGUUUGGAACUAUCGGGCAGACUUUGACGUCUCGCGUACAUCGAACAUAUCAGUUUCAUCUUAUUUGCGGGCUGCCUCUGCUGUUCAAGGGCAUGAUGAUAUGGGAAAUGAUCAUCUCAUGGGCAGGGUGGAUCUCACACCCAUGCUUGAUGGCCAUCAUGCCUCUGAUCAAUGGUACACUGCGACCGCCGGGUCUGGUUCAUUCCACCUCAAGAUCGACUUCCGCCCAGUCCGAGGGGAACCGUUGACUAUUGAAGCAUUUGAUCUUCUCAAAGUGAUAGGAAAGGGUAGCUUUGGAAAGGUUAUGCAAGUUCGAAAGAAAGAUACUCAACGAAUUUACGCUCUGAAGACGAUAAGGAAGGCGCAUAUCGCCCAACGUCCCGGAGAAAUCACACAUAUUCUGGCAGAGCGGACGGUCCUUGCGUUGGUCAACAAUCCAUUCAUUGUACCUCUCAAGUUCUCUUUCCAGACCCCAGAUAAACUGUACCUUGGGAUGUCCUUUGUGAACGGCGGAGAAUUGUUUUACCAUCUUCAGCGCGAGGGCAAGUUCGACCAAGACCGCAGCCGUUUCUACGCCGCUGAACUCCUUUGUGCUCUGGAACAUUUACACGGCUUCAACGUGGUUUAUCGCGAUCUCAAGCCCGAAAAUAUCUUGUUGGAUUAUACAGGCCAUAUUGCCCUGUGCGACUUCGGACUCUGCAAACUAAAUAUGUCGGAAACCGAGAAAACUAAUACGUUCUGUGGAACACCAGAGUACAUUGCUCCGGAGUUGUUGGAGAGCCAAGGGUAUACGAAGACCGUAGAUUGGUGGACUCUUGGCGUACUUCUCUAUGAAAUGAUGACUGGACUGCCUCCUUUCUACGACGAAGAUGUGAACACCAUGUACCAGAGAAUUCUCAGUGACCCCCUCAACUUCCCACCUGAUAUGCCAGCUGAGGCAAGAAGUGUAAUGACGGGACUCCUUCAGAGAGAUCCGGCCAGACGUCUUGGUGCAAAUGGAGGAGAAGAAAUCAAAAGGCAUCCGUUCUUUGCUAAAUAUAUCGACUGGAACCGCCUUCUCGCCAAGAAGAUACAACCACCGUUUAAACCGAGUGUUGAAUCUGUCCUCGAUGUUGCCAACUUCGAUCCCGACUUCACCAAUGAGGAAGCCCAGGAUUCAGUCGUGACUGAUUCAGCUCUGUCCGAAACUGUUCAGGAUCAGUUCAGAGGCUUUACAUAUAACCCCGCCAACGAACACCUGAGCGAAAGCGUCAGCUAUCCUGCUAUGUAA